UGCGAUGGUACGAGUGUCGAUAUGUGUGCGCAUUCGGGGCAACCUUCGACAAAAGUUCCCGAAAAGCUACUGCAAUAAAGCAGGCUUUCAAGCUAUAAGUAUGAGGAAGAACGCGAGAAACAGCUUUACAGAAAGCUUUGAGACUUCUACAACGCACACGGAAGUGGAAUUUGUUAGUCCACUAUUUGAUCAACGAUGAAUCCAUCGAACUAUCACGAAACAGUCGGCAAGCGCAAAACUGGCAAUGAGCAUAUUGAAGAGCUCGCAUCACAAGAGAAGACUGAGAGCAUGAUUCAGUUUGAACGCAAGGUUCGUCGACUCCUCAAUGGAGACUUCAAAGUAUCCAACAAUGAUGGAACCGCUCAGCAUUCGCCCCAGGAAUUGACAUCCAACACGGACAACAAGGGUGCAAAGGUUCCAGGCUAUUACCAGGUCCGAAGGGAAUGGCUCAGUGACCGGACCACCCCUGGCGCAGUGAUGGCGGUGAACGGCGGCAAGGCUCCAGAUGUGACAGACGGCAAGGCUCCGUCUUCUGCUCAAUCAGCUAUGCUGCAACGAUGGAUUCAGGAGCCCCAACGAAAAGAGCCCUACAACAAUGUUGCUGCUGUGGCGUUGGGCAUGCGUGCAGAUUGUCCUAAAGUUGGGGUGCAUGGAGGCUGUACUGAUCCCGCGACGUUUGGGAGCUCAGCUGCGACGGUAAACGGUGUGGAGUCGGAGUCUGUUGGCGUCAGGCAGCCACUCGGCCCAUGAAGGCUCAAAAGGC